AUGGUUUCGCAGGAGGAAGCGUCUGAAUAUCAUCUCCUUGGAACCUUCACACGGUUUUCCACACGUGUGGAAACUCUUUUGGAAUAUUACCAGAUCCCAUACCAGAAAACCUUUGUUAAGCUGUCCGAAGUCAAGGAGCAUUCUCAGUCUGGCUUUGUGCCCGCCCUCACCGCCCGUUCCUUGUCCGUGGAUACACAGAUCACCGAUAGCCUCUCCAUCUGUGAAUACCUAGCUGAGUCUCACCCGGAACUACCGCUAUGGCCUAAGGAUCACUACCUCCGUGCGCUGGCACGAAGCGCGGUUGCACAAAUGCAUUCCGGCUUCACCGCACUUCGAGCCACCUACCACUCCAACUUCAUAGGAAGAUAUACGGGGAAUAUUCCGGUGUCUGAUGAGGUGAGGAAGGAGAUAGAGCGAAUCCUGGCGAUAUGGGCCGAUGCAAGGCGGAAGACCACAGCACGCUUGAAGGCUUUGGGAGAGGCGGAUGAUGGGUUUUUAUUUGGCAAAUUCGGGAUCGUGGAUUCGUUUUACUGGCCUGUUUUAUGGCGAUUCCGCACUUACAACUUUCCUCUCACAACUGCAGCCCCUGAAGCCGUGAGUUGGAUGAAGAAAAUGUGGAAUGAUCCUGCUAUCAAGCUUGUGAUUUCAGUCUACUUUCGGCAGGCUGAAGAUCCCGAAACGUCCAUGCCUAAGUAUGAAGACGUAUUCAAAGGGCUUGCAGAUGUCAAGUAUGGGGUUUUUACGGAAGAUUGGGAAUUUGUGGAGCCCAAAUAA